AUGCGCCUUCUUCACACAACCACCCAAAAGUUGGUAGAGAAGACCCCUGAGGAGCUGCGGAAAGACAACGUGCGGUAUGCCAUUCUUUCGCACACAUGGGGUCCAAACGAAGUGAUCUACGACGACAUUGUCCGCGGCACCGAGCGGACCAAGAACCCAAACUCACUGCUCAAGGUCCAAGGCGCCUGCCACCAGGCUCGCAGCGAUGGGUAUGACUAUAUCUGGAUCGACACCUGCUGUAUAGACAAGAGCAGCAGUGCCGAACUGUCUGAAGCGAUUAACUCCAUGUAUACUUGGUACGAGAUGUCAGAAGUGUGCUACGCCUUCAUCGAGGACUUUAAGUCCGAGAACCUCGGCUCGCCCGAGAACAAGGAGUCUUUCGCAGCGAGCAGGUGGUUCACUCGCGGAUGGACGUUGCAAGAGCUUCUCGCGCCAGCCAACUUGAUCUUCUUCACCAAAGACUGGGUCAGUCUCGGCGAGAAGAGAGCCAUCUGCCCUUUCCUCUCAGAAAUCACGAGAAUCGACGCGGACAUUGUGGCGGGCGAGCGUCCGAUCGAAUCCGCCAGCGUCGCCAAGAGGAUGUCGUGGAUGGCACGCCGACAGACAACACGGCCUGAGGACUCGGCAUAUUGUGCCAUGGGAAUAUUUGGCGUGAACAUGCCGAUGCUAUAUGGUGAGGGCGGCCGGAGGGCGUUUCUGAGGCUCCAGGAAGAGAUAAUGAAGACAUCCGACGACCAAUCUCUUUUCGCGUGGGUGAACCGAGACGCAGAUCCUGAGGCGCUCCACGGACUCCUGGCGCCAUCUCCAGCAGCAUUCACCCACUCCAACGGAAUACUGCCGUAUCACGAUUGGGGUGCUCCUCGAGAGCCCUACACUAUGACCAACCGGGGCCUUCGUAUCCAGCUGCAUCUUUCCGCACGAGAAGACGGCAUAUUUGUGGCAACGAUCGACUGCCCUGUCCCGCCAAACUACGCAGACUCGAGCUUCCUGGCGAUAUAUCUGAAGAAAAUAUCCACUGGGAGAGAAGACAAGGAAGGCCAGCACUAUGCCCGCGUCAAGGCUAGCCAGUUUGGCAGUGUGCAAGUCCGGGGAAAGCUGAAGACCAUCUAUGUGCGUCAGGACCAGCAGCCACCCAUUGAAGACGGUGUGUUCCCACAGCACAUCGUCCAGCUCCGCAGCGGCCCUCAUGCCGAUGUAUACAAAGUAACGGAAGUCCUCCUGCCCGCUGGGUGCGCCAAGGACACCCCAAGAUCACUCCCUUUGCGCCAAUCGGCACGGGACUGGGUACCCGACCGGUGGCCGGUGGCAUUCCGCCUCCCGAAAGGCGAAGGCCAAGUGGCAGCUGCCAUCAUAUUCGAGCGUAAUGAUGGUGAGAGGCUCGCUGUGCUGAUAGGCUCCGUCGGCGGCUUCAGGGUGGCCUUUGGCGCCAUGAAGAUCGAGAGCCAAGGCAAGUCCGGUGCGAAGACCCCGUCUUUCGAGACGCUGGCAAGUGACUUCCAACCGCUGUCGGCUGGGAGGUUUGACAGCGACUUCCACAGCGUGCGCGCCUCUGCCACGCCGGUUGUGGAAAACUCUUGGAAGUAUUACCUGAUUGACAUUGGCGUGGAAGAUGUCGGCCGGUCGCUGCCGGAGAUGCUGGCGCAGGCUACUCUCGGAGCUUAUAGCCGUGCCACCGGGACUGGCAACCACCCUUCCAACCAGCCUGGUUCAAUGCCAGAUGCUGCGUUGCACCCUCGAGAGUCACAGGACUCGUACCCUUACUGUGAAGAUGAUGGCUCGAGUAUUGAAGAGACGUCAAAAUUGCAAGAUAAUACGGAGAAGACCGUACCAGGGAAAAAACGGAGCAGGUGGAAGAGGCUCUUACAUUAG